AAAUAUUUGCUACUUUAUUCGCAAGAAUCUUAAAAGACACAUCGAGUAAAUUACUUGUGAAAUAGAUCGCGAAUAAAAGGACUGAAGCGAGUGAUUUGUCUUUAGUGCUCGUAUUUUCCGAAAUUUGAAAAUGUCUGCUUGUGUUAAAACUGCAGCAUUUGACUCACCCCUGAGCUCGAAGGUGGCCCUUUUCAAUGCUGUGGCCAACAAACACAUCCAAAGUCAAGCAGUGAACCCAUUUUCAAACGACAACAAAGCUGGGGGUUUACCCAGACCGAAAAUUUCCAAAGAGGAAUAUGGACGACCUGCCAGGGGGUCUCUGUCAGAAGCCAGAGGGUUUAAAGCGACGGCACAAGUCUGCAGAGAGAUUUUAGAACUCUGUGAAAUUAUCCACGAACAGGGGGAGCCGUUGUUCACCCCCGAGGAAAAAGCGGACGAUCCCAGGAUAGUUAUCAGUUUUGGGGAACUUUUUUCGCUCUACACUGUCAUAUCAAACAAUUUGGUGGGAAUUUUGCUUCGAGCGAGAAAACACAAACUUGUCGAUUUUGAAGGGGAAGUUCUAUUUCAGCGAAGGGAUGACCAUGUACCUAUAAUUCUACUUAAACCAAUUGCCGAAAUUAGGAAAAUAUUCCGAGCGAAGAUUGACGAAGCCGUGAAAGCCCAAAAAAUAAGUGAAGAGGAACACAACAGUGAUAGCAAUUAGGGACAGAUAAAUUUAGCCAAAGGACCAGUAGCGUUACUUUCCAACUUAUCUCGAAAAAAGGAUUCGGAAAUUUUUAUUUAUGAAAUAAAUCGUUUUUUUAUAUUUUAAGUUUGUAUAGGUAAUAUAAGGUAAUUUAAGACGGUAGAAAUGACAAUCCCUGAGGCACAAUUUGUAAUUAAAUUUUGUAUAAUAGCUGAGACCAAAUAAAUAUAUUUUCAUAGUCAUAA